CCAUCUCCUCCAUCUCCUCCAUCUCCUCCACCAUCUCCUCCACCUCCUCCACCUCCUCCCCCCACCAUCCCUCCUCCUCCAUCUCCUCUACCUCCUCUACCUCCUCCCACCUCCCAUCCACCUCCCCCCACACCAUCUCCUCCAUCUCCUCCACCUCCUCCCCCACCUCCUCCAUCUCCUCCACCUCCUCCCACAUCUCCUCCUUCCUCCACUCCUCCAACCUCCCUCCAUCCCUCCCCUCCCCACCUCCCCACUCUCUCCACUCCUCCACCUCCUCCACCAUCUCCUCCUCCAUCUCCUCCUCCUCCCACACCUCCUCCAUCUCCUCCACCUCCUCCACCAUCUCCUCUCCCUCCUCCAUCCCUCCCACCAUCUCCUCCACCUCCUCCACCAUCUCCUCCAUCUCCCUCCCCACCUCCUCCACCUCCUCCACCUCCCCCACCUCCUCCCCAUCCUCCUCCCCCAUCUCCACCACCUCCGCCAUCUCCUCCCCUCCUCCACCUCCUCCACCUCCCCCACCACCUCCUCCCACCUCUCCUCCCACCAUCUCCACCACCUCCUCCAUCUCCUCCACCUCCUCCACCUCCUCCACCCUCCACCUCCCCACCAUCUCCUCCACCUCCUCCACCCCUCCUCCACCAUCCUCCUCCACCUCCUCCAUCUCCUCCAUCUCCUCCCACCACCUCCUCCAUCUCCACCACCUCCUCCACCUCCUCCACCUCCCCACCACCUCCUCCCCCAUCUCCUCCACCAUCUCCACCCCACCCUCCUCCAUCUCCUCCACCUCCUCCACCU